AUGGUGCAGUGGAAGUUCGUAUAUGGACUUGCAGCACUGAGUGUCGUGGGAUUAAUCAAGGGCUCGCCGAUGCAGGAAGACGAUCAACUCGAUGAGAAUACGAGAAAUGACGAAUGCAUAUCGUUGGGUGCAGAGGAUUUUACUGGCGCCGGUAAAGAGAUAUCAGGUAAACCUAUUACGGUCCCAUGUGCUCCUGGUGGUUUCCAAUCUGCACCACCAAGUCGUCGUCGCUUGGAGGUGUCGGCGAGUGUAGAUAUAAAGAAACUUGAGGCGUACUUUGGCACUAAGCUCGAAACGGACCUUACGAAACUUUCCUCCAAGUGUGCACGCCAUCCGACUCCGUGGCCAAGCGGCUACUGGCCAGCGUACGCUGACAGCAUCAACUUUCUAUGGAACAAGAAGACAAAUAUCAGUGCUUCAGAGAAGUACGCAAAAGCUUUUGGACACGACGUCAAGACUUUUAUGGAUGAGGUCUCAUCCACAAGGGGAAUCGACUAUAUGAUGAAGAUGAAAAAGAAACCAUGCACCACUAGAGCUGAUUGCAAGGAAGUUGGUGACGACAGCUUUUGCGGCAUACGCGCUGGAAAGAAGAAAGGCUACUGCAUUCCAAAGUGGCCUGGCAUUUGCCACGCUUGGGCGCCUGCCUCCAUUUUGGAACCUGAACCAAUUUGUCCAGUCGAGCACAAUGGCGUGGUAUUCGAGCCGUUUGAUAUCAAAGCCUUGAUUACUAUGACAUACGAUGGUUCCAAGAUCCCCACUAUCUUUACUGGGAGACGCUUUAGUGGUAAUGACACAAGGGAUAACGGCAAGGACCAAUAUGGCCGCUUCUUAGACGGAAACCGUCGUGACAUCAGUCCAGGUUACUUCCACAUUGCCGCUACAAACAUCUUGUGCGGUUUCCAAUACAGCUUUAUAAUCGAUAUUUCCGCUGGCAACGAGGUUUGGAAUCAGCCUGUGAGCAGCUUUGAAAUCACCCGUAUGUCCUGGAUGACCCCCACUGACGCUGCCAAGAAAUACUUCAAGGUCGACAAGUAUCCGUUCAAUGACGCCGCUACUAAUAUGGCCAUUGUCACAAGUCGCUUAACCUGGAUCGCUGAAACUGGCGAAAACGGGCCUAUAGUAUCCACGAGCAAGAUCAACAAGUACAAGACCACUGCCGAAUACGAGUACAUUCUUGAGUUAGACGAUACGUACCAAAUUCUAGGCGGCGAGUGGCUCGGUUUGUCCUCGGAGAACCAUCCCGAUUUUCUUUGGAUUCCUACCAGGAAGCCUGACGACGCUCUCGUAACGCCCGUGGGAUUGGUGUACGCAGAAAUUAAGAAAUUGCUUACAAAAUCUAUUCAAGGCGACUGUCAGUCGACGUCCACUGAUACGCAGAAGCCGGAAACAAAUGAACGAGCAAAUCCUGAGUCUCGUCAGCAGAAGCUCCUACAGAUGUCCCUACAGAAGCUUCCCCUGCAGAAGCUCCGUCAUCAGAAGACUUCCACGUCAUCAGAAGACCUCCCGUCAUCAGAAGACCUCCCGUCAUCUGAAGCCUCCCCGUCACCAGAAAACUCCCCGUCACCAGAAGCCCCGUCAGUAGAAACGUCCCCUGCAGAAAUGCCGUUAGCAGGAACUCCGCCAACAACAUGA